AUGAUCAGACAGCUGGUCCGGCACUACGUCAUUCCGGUUGUUCAGAUCUCUUCUGAGAUUGAGAGGUUCGACAAGGAUGCGAUUAGAAAGGCCACUGACAGAGGAAAUAGACUGCUGAAAGCCAUUCAUGAGUCCCAGCAGUCUGAGCACGAGUAUCAAAAGGCAGCUAACCUCAAGAUUGAGGAGGCGCGGAAAUCGGGAUACGCUCACGUUCACGGAAACACAGAGACGCCGAAGAUCCCUGACGAUCCACGUUUGCAGGCAGACUUGCUGAAAAGUCAGCAGCUGAGGACGCAUUCGUCCAGAUAUGUUUACAAUAAAAAAGAAGAUCGUGUGGUCGACAGGCUGAGGGUGUUGGACAGAGAACGGAAGUUGCCCCCUUUGCCAUCUUUGAACCAGUACGAGCAACUAUGGAGUGAGCUGGAACGGUUUGCGGCAGUAUUGGUGCUGAAAAAUGAGACUCCUGCGGUGUCUCUCACGUACAAAGCCUUGGCCGAUUCAAUGGAGGCGAUCAAUAUUAUGCAAAAUGCGCAUCUGGACCAAUCAUGCACGGAUCCGAAUGAUUUCACGCUGGCCGCGGAGUAUUUUUUCACACGCAAGAUUCCAUUGCUGCAGCAGAAACUGGCUACAGUGUCUGAGCUCUCCGGGCUUGACAACGUUGCCCUUGUCGGGCUGACAAGCGUUGGAUUCAAAGAAACUACAAAACCCUUGCAGCUGUUCACCGGAAAGUUGAAGGAGUCGUUUUCGGUGGUGUGUUGCGCGCUGAAUACACCGCAGUAUCCGGAGCUGACGCAGCUGGAUCACCCAGAUAAUAAUACUAAAGAGAAUUUGUACCAGCUGGCGACGCUCGGUCUCACAAAAGUGAGCAGUUUGCCCGACAAAUGGGUUGUGCUGACUAAGGGCACCGAUUAG